AUGAGUUAUUGUGAGAAGCAAAGAGAAGUUCCAGAAGGCUCGAUACGAGCGAAGAAGCAAUCAAUCAAAUAUUUCGUCACCAUCGUACCAGUUGAUGCGUCCGCCCUUCCGCCCGUCAUACUUCCAGAGAGCACGUUAUGUAUGGCUGCUCUGUUGAAUAUUGGUUGGACACACGAGGCAGCGGGGAUGAUCUUUGAUUACUGGAAAGAUAACUCCAAACCUAGGAAACUGACGGCAUGUGAUGAUCGGGAUCCCACUCUCAUCGACUAUGCAAUAUCCAUGGUCCAAAUGAGAAUGGACCAAGUGGCUAUUGCAAAGCAAGUGAAAGUCGAUGCGAGAAAGGAAAUGACUAUCCUUGGACUGUCCACCGAAUUCCAGGACGCUAUGCUAGAUCAAGACAGUGACCUUCUCGGUGGCCAUGUCAAUACGAUGGAUCUUUGUUUUUGGAUAAUAGAUGCACUGGGCAAGCGAUACAGGAACUUGGUAUUAAGCUUGAGAUAUCUGAAGAAUUUUGCGGCAACGGGCAUAAAGGCGAUGAAUUGGUAA